AUGCCCGGCGUGGAGAACUGCGAUAUCUGCCGCUUCGCCUCAAAAGAGUACCUCUCGGAACGGCUGCCGCUCGCCUCCAGCUUCCCCUCUGGGACGCACCUCUCUGCCACCUGCCACCCAGAUCUCUACCAUUCUUUCGUGGGUUCGACUGCGCGUGCGUCAGGCCUAGAGCUAACCUGUGUCAAUGGCAACUGGGUCGAAGAGGGAGGCACACUGUCUAUGAUCAAGCUUGGCUGCCAGAUUGGACUGCAAGUCACGGCCACGGAGCCUUCGAGCUACAUGGACUACGACCGAAGCUCACGUGGCGAGGAGUGGUUCGAAGCUCACUAUGGCAAGACUUUGCGCUCCUGGGAUGGCUUAUGUCUGGCACCUGACCAUUGGGCAGGUGAAGCUGCGGAAGCUAACGCUGCCCGGCUGCAGACAGAAAGACUGGAGAUUCUGCAUGGUGUCAACGUAGAAGCAAACCAGGAUGUGCCGCACCUUGUGUCCUUCGUGCACCUGGCAUGGGGCAGGAUAG